AGUCCCGCCGCGAAGAUGCUCAAAGUCACGGUGCCCUCGUGCUCCGCCUCGUCCUGCUCUUCGGUCACCGCCAGUGUGGCCCCGGGGGCCGGGAGCCUCGUCCCAGAUUACUGGAUCGACGGCUCCAACAGGGAUGCUUUGAACGAUUUCUUCGAGGUGGAGUCGGAGCUGGGACGGGGUGCUACAUCCAUUGUAUACAGAUGCAAACAGAAGGGGACCCAGAAGCCUUAUGCUCUCAAAGUGUUAAAGAAAACAGUGGACAAAAAAAUCGUAAGAACUGAGAUAGGAGUUCUUCUUCGCCUCUCACAUCCAAACAUUAUAAAACUUAAAGAGAUAUUUGAAACCCCUAUAGAAAUCAGUCUGGUCCUAGAACUCGUCACAGGAGGAGAGCUGUUUGACAGGAUUGUGGAAAAGGGAUAUUAUAGUGAACGGGAUGCUGCAGAUGCUGUCAAACAAAUCCUGGAGGCAGUUGCUUACCUACAUGAAAAUGGGAUUGUCCAUCGUGAUCUCAAACCAGAGAAUCUUCUCUAUGCAACUCCAGCCCCAGAUGCACCACUCAAAAUUGCUGAUUUUGGACUCUCUAAAAUCGUGGAACAUCAAGUGCUCAUGAAGACAGUAUGUGGAACCCCAGGGUACUGCGCACCUGAAAUUCUUAGAGGCUGUGCCUAUGGACCUGAGGUGGACAUGUGGUCUGUAGGAAUAAUCACCUACAUCUUACUUUGUGGAUUUGAACCAUUCUAUGAUGAAAGAGGCGAUCAGUUCAUGUUUAGGAGAAUUCUGAACUGUGAAUAUUACUUUAUCUCCCCCUGGUGGGAUGAAGUAUCUCUAAAUGCCAAGGAUUUGGUCAGAAAAUUAAUUGUGUUGGAUCCUAAGAAAAGGCUGACUACCUUCCAAGCUCUCCAGCACCCGUGGGUCACAGGUAAAGCAGCCAAUUUUGUACACAUGGAUACAGCUCAAAAGAAGCUCCAAGAAUUCAAUGCCCGGCGCAAGCUCAAGGCAGCAGUGAAGGCCGUGGUGGCCUCUUCCCGGUUGGGAAGCGCCAGCAGCAGCCAUGGCAGCAUCCAGGAGAGCCAGAAGGCCAGCCGAGAGCCAUCUCCAACACAAGAUGGCAAUGAAGAUGUUAAAGCUAUUCCAGAAGGAGUGAAAAUUCAAGGAGACGGGGCCCAAGUGGCAGUUGAGGGGGCAGAGGCUGAGCUGAUGAAGGUGCAGGCCAUAGAGGAAGUUAAAGAUGCUGAAAUAAAUGCUGCUGAGGCCACCAAGAUGGUGCCCGAGGCAUUAGAGGAUGGGAUAAAGGAGGCUGACCCAGAAAUAGAGGAGGGCCUAGUGGAGGAAAAGCUGAAGACUGUUGAGGAAGCAGCAGCCCCCAAAGAAGGGCAAGAAAACCCUGCUCUGGAAUUUGGAGCUCAGCAGAAUGAUGUGAUCCUGCCAGAGUACUAA